AUGCUCCUGGAACAUAUGCGAGAAGGACUGAUUUACCCUGAUGAAGCAGUGAAAGCGUCAGUGUGCUACAUUUUCUGUAUCCUGUACAGUUACCCAACUGCUGCUGAGAAGCUAUUCAUGCACUUCAAUGAGAGGCUUUGUAAACUCUUUAUAUCAGUCAUGGAGGCAGCACAGACCAAAGAACUGCAAAUAAAUUCCCUUGGGCUUCUGAAACAUUUCCUGCAGUUUAGACAGUUUGUGACUGUGAUGAUGAGUUCAUUUGGGACUGAAGAAGUUGCCUCUGAGGGUGAAGUAAUUUCUCAAGGUGGAAGUUCACUCCUGUUACUGUUGAAAAAGGUAAGAAUUGUGAAUCAGGUCAUCCAAAUUUCCAUGGUUGUGGAUAUCUGUAUUCUUAUUCUGGAUCCAGGUUUUACUGAGUACAAGAUUUGA